UUUUUUAUUUUUUUACAACGAUAGUAUCACUAAUGGUGUUCUAUGAUAUCGUCUCAGAAUAGUGAGUUGAACAGGGGGAGAAGACCUCAGAAAAUAAGAUAUAUAGAAAUAGACCUACUAAAAGGGAAGAUUAAUUUAGCGACUAUACUACACAACCGCAAUCAUUAUGGGAACGGAUAGUACCGAUUGUAUGCUGCUUCUUGCGGCAGAAGCGUUUCAAUCUAAAAACUUCGGGCUCGCGGCGGACAUAUACGAAUGCCAACUGCUGCACCUCUGCGACCCUAGUACGCAGCAACAUCUCUUGGUGAAACGGGCCGAUGCCCUGGCAUUCGCUGGUAAAUUGACCGAUGCUUUCGAGAUCUAUCGAAAAGCCGCAGAAAUCGACAGACUACGACCAGUCCAUCUGGAUAAUCUUAUUGAAUAUCUCUCUAACAGUAUUAAAAUACAAGAUGGGACAGACAGUCAAAUCAACAGACAGGAGACACACUCUGAUUGCGUUGGAUAUGAUGCAUUUACCUGCAAAAUAUGUUAUGGAUUUCUAUACGAGCCUGUUACCUUGCCUUGUGGACACUGCUUUUGCAAAAAGUGCCUGGACAGAGAAAAAAUGCCUGUCUGCUGCAAAGAAUGUAAUGACAGUCGGCACACCAAACUCAAUGAUGUGGACAAUUAUAGAGUUAAUGUUGUUCUUAGUAACUUGUUGUUAAAGUGGUUUCCAAGUCAAAUACUUGCUGUUAAUCUGAGACGUGAGGGGAAUGGACUAUAUUCAGAUAAAAUAAUGGAUGCUGCUUUGGAAAAAUACAACGAAGCAAUACAAAUAGCUCCAAGGGACCAUGUGCUGUACAGCAACCGAUCACAGAUCAAUUCCAGUCUGAGGAAUUACGAGGAUGCACUUCAUGAUGCAGAGAUGGCAUGCAAACUCAUGCCUCUUUGGUCAAAGGGACAUAUUAGAAAAGCACAAGCUUUAGUCUGUCUUGGGAAAUGUGAAGAAGCGUUAAGAGAGUACCUGGUCGUCAUUACAUUAGAUCCUGAAAGUAAACUGGCAAAAAGAAAGGCGCAAAAGAUUCUGAGUGAUCUUCUGGCCCCUGUCACUGAUCAAGUACACAACAGAAUCCUGGACUGCACAAGUCUACUAUCUUCCAGAAAUAAAAUCAAAGGUGGCAUCCUGAACACCUCAACCUCAAGCUGCAACACCACCACUUCCUCCAAGUCUUACAAGGAGUACAAGAAUAUUGCCUCUCAUGAGAAGUUGACAUUGUCACCUACGCUGAGUGAACCUAAGACAGGCGGCCUAUUUGAGACGAUGGCAUGCGGUGAAAAGAAAGGAGAAGAUCAGGUGGACCUGAAUGUCUGCCAUCCCACCGUCAUUGACAGGAGCGUCUUCCUCAAACGCAAACGUAGCUCAUCCGAGGACAGCCAAGUGGAUAGUAGCGACACCUGCAAGCGUUCCAAAUCUGAAGUGACCCAGAAUGAAGAGGCGACUUCCUGGAGUGCAGUGCUUUCUGACCUCAUAGACCCGGCUGACCUGGAGUGUUCUCUUUGUAUGAGGCUCUUUUAUGAACCAGUCACCACUCCUUGCGGCCACACCUUUUGUCUGAAAUGCCUCGAGCGAUGCCUGGACCACAACCCCAAGUGUCCCCUCUGCAAGAUGGAGCUGGAAGAGUAUCUGGCAGAAAGUAAAUACAACAAGACUGUCUUGAUGGAGAACCUCAUCUGCAAGUAUCUGCCAAAUGAGCUCAUGGACAGGCAGAAACUCAACGCAGAGGAGAUUGCAGAUUUAUCCAAUCUAAACAAGAACGUGCCUAUAUUUGUUUGCACCAUGGCCUUCCCCACCGUUCCAUGUCCUCUUCACAUCUUUGAGCCCUGCUACCGGCUGAUGAUCCGCAGGUGUAUGGAGAUGGGUACCAAGCAGUUUGGAAUGUGCCUCAGCGAUAACCUCAAAGGAUUUGCCGAUUACGGUAGCCUCCUGGAGAUCCGAAACGUGGAAUUCUUUGCAGAUGGCCGCUCCGUUGUAGACACCAUUGGGAUAAGAAGGUUCAAGGUCAUUGAGCACCACCAGAGAGAUGGAUACAACACAGCAGACAUUGAAUACCUGGAAGACGUUAAGGUGGAGGUUGUGGCAGAGAAGGAGCUGCAGAGUCUCCAUGAUGCAGUAUACGACCAGGCCUUAAUCUGGGUCAACUCCCUGAAAGAAGAACAAAAGGAGAGAAUCGUGGAGCACUUUGGGCGCAUGCCAGAGAAAGACUCUGAGCCACAGGCCAGUGCCAAUGGGCCGUCCUGGUGCUGGUGGCUGCUGGCAGUCCUUCCCCUGGAGGGUCGAGCCCAGCUGCCCUUCCUGGCCCUGACGUCCCUGAAGGACCGACUCAGUGGUAUCCGCAGAGUACUCCUCUUCAUGUCCCGCAACCGCUCCUCUCGAUGACUCCAACCCUCACACAACCAUCUAUCUCCUCCAUGUGGGUGUCUGUUUUGUCUGGUUUUUGUUUUUAUCUGAAAGACCGCAUUUUAACGAAAGCCUUUGUGUGAAUGGGUUACUAUUGGCAAGUGGACUUUAAUUAGAUUACCGAAAUGUGAUCCAAGGAUUAGAAGAGGCUACUUAUGGACUGAAUAUUUUAAAGUGUGCUGCAAAGGCGAUAGUGUUUUGACUUUGUUUGUGUUAUUAUUUAUGAACAUGGAACAUGUUUACACCACUGGGAGAAAAUUACUAUUACAAUGAUGACUUAUUAUUUCCAAAGGGUUUAUUAACCACAAAUGACAUAUUAUAAAACCCCAAACCCCUUAGAAUGUGUAGAAAAUUAGAGGGGAAAAUUGCAAUACAGCAGAGUACCUUGUUCUGAUGACGCUUUAACUGUAUCAUUCAGAGGAUAAUGCAAUUCUCUUCCUGUUUUGGUGUAGAUGAGUGCAAUACACCUGCAGUUAAAAUGAGCCAUCUCCUACUUACGAUGGAAUGUUUAUUGGUAUUUAUAGGAUCUACUUAGCACUGUAGUUGCAGCAACAGCGUAACUGAUAGUCACUGUUUUCCAUGCAUGGUGAGCAAAGAUGGGACAUUUUUAGUUUUGUUGGAUGUUACAUAUUUCUUUGUCCGCCAGACUUUUUUCCAGAGUUUUCUACAGUUCUUUUUAUGUUAACGCUAAUCACCUUUUUAUACAGACGAUAUUGAACCAGGAUGGUUAUGCUGUGAAAUCUUGGGGAAAUGUGUUAAUUAACAAACAUAUUUUUUUAUUGUAAGGGGCAAUUUUAAGUUAUUGCAUUUAUAUAGGGCUUUCUUGGCUCGGCUAUUAUUUGCACCAGGUAUGCUCAUAAAGUAGGGGUGACACAACCAUAAACUGUAGCAUCAAACACUGUGAUUUCUAAUCUUUUUCAACAUUUAGUGCCUUAAGUUGGAUUUCUUCCAUGAUGCCAGUACCAAGAAGAAUAAUUUAGACAAAGAUAGCAUUUCAGUGAGGAAGACUUGGCUGAAAAGUCCAAACUAUUGAGCUGAAUAUGUGGUUUUCUCUUUCGAGGACACAAACAGUAAAUAAAAAAAUUCCAGUCUUGGUUCAUUGUGUGACGAGUCUUAAGGUUGUGGUUACAAAUAUUGGUAAAACUCAAAUCCUGGUUCAUUGUAUGACGAGUCCUGCAAUUGUGGUUACAAAUAUUGGUACUAAUAGUUCUUAUAUCUUAUCACAACUAAAUGAAAGUCUUCUCAAUGCAAGGACACAAUGUGAAUAUUUUCUAUUGACUUUUGUAUAAAACAACAACAUUGAGACUUGGUUAAGGUUGAAUAAAUGUUUUUUGAAUAAAAGUUGAUUGAUUGGCAUGUCAAUUCAAGUAGCUUAUAUUUCCUCACCAAAAUCUCAUACUUUUACAUGUAUAUUAAUUUGAUCUGGCGGUUGCAUGUUAGCCAAAUUGUCAUUCAUCUAUAUAUUUUACCCAUUUACAUCAGAAAAUGCCAAAACAAUAGAAAUUCAAAGGUAGUACCUUUCUGACCUUUUUGAAUUCCACAUUGAACGUUGCACUAGUGAUCUAAGUCAAUCUACCUCUGACACUCCAGUAGCUCUUUCACCACAGAACAUGCUUAUUGAUUCAUAUUGACAUGUCAUUUGUUUCUAUGGAGAUGACGUGACCAUGGAGUCUUACUUUGGUGGUUGUGUAACACUUGUAUAAUGGCCUCUAACUGUAUGUGUUUACAAACAUGAAUGUAUGUGGUUGGCAUCUUAUCCAAUGUUAUAUUUUUUUGUUUUUAUAGAAAUGUAGUCAUUGCAAUGUUAUACAAUGUACAAAAAACACAAUUCUGAAUAAAAAAGGUUAUGCUCUUAAUUUGUGGAAUAAGGGCUAAACCGAUGGUCUUUAAUCUGAA